AUGGAUCAAGGGUCCAAAUGGAAGCAUCUAGCUUCUAUCACAGAAGGUCAGGGUCGGCGGGGAUCAAGGAGUGCAUCAAGCAUCAUGGUGAAUCGUGAAGAGGUGAAGCAUCAUGGUCAAGAACCCAAGUAUCUAAAACAACUCAAGAAUGAUAAGGAAAGUGUGGGUUUCCUCAUGGUAUUGAUGAGAGAGCCGGCCGGUGCAUGUCCAGGCCAUGUACAGAAAGGCAGGCCGACACCUCAGGCAUUGAUAACAGAGCCGGCCGGAUCAGGACCAUGGACCAUGGUGUGUACAAGAAGGCAGGCCGACACAUCAGGCAUUGAUAACAGAGUCGGCCGGAUCAGGACCAAGAGUCGGCCGGAUCAGGAUCAUGUGGUGUACAAGCAGGCAGGCCGAUACUUCAGACAUUGA